AUGGAACUUGACGACGUAAAGAUUGCGACGACACCAAACGUCGUUGUUUCACAAGAUGGGAAGGGAAAUUUCAAGAAAAUAAUGGAUGCGAUUGCAGCUGCACCAAGUCAGUUGUCAUCCAAGCACUUUGUGAUACUUGUUAAGAAAGGGGUUUACAAGGAAUAUGUGAACAUCGGCAACACAAAGUCGAAUAUAGUCUUGAUCGGUGAGGGUAAGGAUGCUACUAUCAUUUCCGGAAGCAAAAGCGUAGGCGGCGGUCAGGCAACAUUUGAUACAGCUACAUUUGCCGUUAGGGCUCAAGGAUUUGUUGCGAUGGACAUAGGAUUCGAGAACACAGCAGAUCCAAAAAGUGGGCAAGCCGUGGCAGUUCAAUCCAGCGGCGACCACUCUGUCUUCUACCGGUGCAAGAUAUCAGGAAACCAAGACACAUUGCUUGUGCAAGCCGGCCGCCAGUUCUUCCGAGAAUGCCAAAUCAUCGGCAGUAUCGACUUCAUCUUCGGCUAUGGCACUGCCGUCUUCCAAAAAUGUGACAUUUACAUCAAGAAAAGCCAAAUCGGCGGCACCACCGUCAUCACCGCCAACGGCCGUAACUCCUCAACAGACUCAUCAGGCUUUUCGUUCCAAUUUUGCACCAUCCAUGGUGACCCCCAGUCCCCUACUGGCCCUACAUUCGUAACUCCUAGAGGUGUGUACCUCGGUCGAAGCUGGGGCACUUAUGCCAGAACAGUGUUCAUGCAGUCGUCUAUAAGCAGUAUUUUAAGCCCGCAAGGUUGGCUUCAAUGGAAUGAUGUUCCAGUAGACAAGCUAUACUUCGGUGAGUAUCAAAAUUCCGGCCCCGGUGCGGCGCUUGGAGGUCGGGUGACAUGGCCGGGGUUUCAUAAGAUGAGCGCAGCCGAUGCUGAUAAAUUUACAGUGGUCAAGUUUAUUGAUGGAGAUUCAUGGCUACCGGCGUUAGGUAUCCCACACUCACAAGGAUUGGAUCCAUUGGCCAAUCCGCCAAUGGGAGCUUAA